UCCUCCAACGAGUCCAACACACUUGUAUUUCGAUGGAUAUUUCGAUUCAAGAUGGCUCGUAAAAUCCGAGCCAUUAAUCAAAGGUUGGAUGAAAUUUUCAAAAACAGUAAAAGGUAUAUGUUGCGAAAUACUGGUACGUCACAAGAAAAUCAAAAUAUGGAUCUUAUAAGAAAACGUAACCGGUUAACCUCAUGGUAUGUAGACGAUUCAUUACUUCUAGGGAGGGAGGGUGCAAAAUCAGACAUAAUAAACUUAUUCAUCGACAAGCCGUCGGCAUCUGUAUCUUCAUCAUCAUCAUUACAACCAGAAAUCAUUUCCACUCUAUCCAUAGUGGGUAUCGGAGGGCUGGGUAAAACUACAGUAGCUCAAAUGGUCUACCAAGAUGACUACAUAGUGAGAAACUUUGAGCGUAGAGCUUGGGUCUGUGUCUCUGAUACUUUUGAUAUCUUUAAGAUUUUAAAAGAUAUCAUCGAGUCCAUUACAGGGAGGAAUUGUGAGAAUACAUCAAAUAUUGGCAUGCUGACUAGACAAGUCAAGGAACUAUUGAUUGGUAGGAAGUAUUUGCUCGUACUCGACAAUUUGAGGAAUGAGAAUCGUGGAGAUUGGGGGGCAUUCAAAUCGUUCCUUAACUGUGGCGGUUCGGGCAGCAAAAUAUUAAUCACAGCACGCAGCAAAAAUGUCGGUUUUUCUGUUGGAGGUGCGUUUUACAAUUUAAACGCAUUAUCAGAUGAUCUUUGUUGGUCCAUUAUCGAGAAGAAACUAUCGUUCCAAGGUGGAGCAGCGCUGACUCCAGAAAUGAUAAAUAUUGGCAAGGCCUUAGCGAAAUCAUGUGGUGGUUUACCACUUGCAGCAAACUUGUUAGGCAGUUUAAUGUUUUCGAAAAGAGAACAAAGUUACUGGUUAUCAAUCGCAGACCAUGUCAGGACUACACCAGCACAUGAAAGGAUCAUGUUCAUAUUAAAGUUGAGCUAUGAUAAUUUGCCUUCUCCUUUGAAACAAUGUUUUUUGUAUUGCUGUAUAUUUCCCAAAGACUGUGUAAUACAUAGAGAAACAUUAAUUCAAUUAUGGAUGGCUGAGGGGUUCCUUUUUCCAUCUGGUGGUGGAGAGAAUAUAUCUUUUGAAGAUAUAGGAAAUGAAUAUUUUGAGCAUUUGAUGUGGAGUUCUUUCUUUCAAGAUGGGAAAAAGGAUGCAGAAUCUGGUUACAUUGCAACAUGUAAGAUGCAUGAUUAUGUGCGUGAUCUUGCAAUGAGUCUUCUAGAUAAUAAUGAAUUGGGAACUGUAAAGGUGGGCGAUAGAAAUGCAGAAGUUUCGCAAGUUCGUCGCUUACAGAUGCUAUUUAAUGGAGGAAGAAGUUUAGAAGCUCCUAAAGGGUUAUCAAAUGUGUUGAAGUUACGAACUAUUAUUGCUGUUGAACCAUACACGUUUCCGCAUAUUAAUUCUUUCUUUCGUUCUAAGCGUUUACGAAUAUUAUGUCUGUGUCCUGGCUUGCAUAGUGGCUGGCGUGGAUGUUCACUCUCUUGUGGCCUCAAGUCUUGCAAGCUAUGUUUUGCCUCUUCCAAGCUGAAGUAUCUGAGGUACCUUGACCUCUCAUAUCUCGAUUUAUCUCGUGGGUUAUCUUUGAACUAUUCUUACAAUUUGCAAACACUUGUAUUGCGAGAAUGUAAAAACGUUCCAAGCUGGCUUCUCAGUAAAAUUGGAACUUUAAAGAGUUUGAGGCAUGUUGAUGUCUCAUAUUCAGAUAUCAAAUUUAUACCCCAAGAUAUUGGGUUGUUAGAGCAUCUUAGUUGUAUUGAUCUUUCAGGUACAUCAAUCUCAGAGUUACCAGAUUCCAUCACUUGCAUCAGCAGUUUAAGGACGUUGAAGAUUUAUGCUUGUAGGAAUUUAAAUGCCUUACCCAGAGAGCUAGGAGCAUUGACACAAUUAAGGUUUCUUGAUUUGAAUGGUACUAAGAUCAAAGAAUUGCCUAAAUCAUGCAUUAACAUUCCGUGCAAUUUGGAGAUAGUGAAACUAGGAUAUGGGUGUGAACUUCCAAAAGAAAUUAAGAAUUGGCCGAAAUUGAGAAUCUUCACCCAUAACAGUUAUAGUGAUGCAAUGCCUAGAGGUAUAGAAAGGCUCACUUGCCUUGAAAGAUUGGAGGAUUACAUUGUCAAUAAAGAAAAUGAGAUCUGCGGAAGUGAGGAUACAAAUUGCAGCAGUGGAAGUGGCAUUGAAGAGUUGGCAGGCUUAAACACCCUUGAGGUGUUAACGAUAAGAAAUCUGGAGAAUGUGAGAGGUCAGACAGACGCAGAAAGGGCAUGUCUGAAGGGAAAGCAGUGCAUUCGCGUAUUGCAUCUACACUGGAGUUCCUGUCGUUCAAAUGAUGAGGAUAGUAUGGUGUUGGAAGGUCUCCAGCCUCACUCUAAUUUGAAGGAACUGAAGAUACAGAGAUUCCAGGGUUCAAAGCUUCCGUAUUGGAUGGGUUUAUCUUAUUGCCUACCGAAUUUGGUGGAGUUAUGUUUAUUUCAGUGCGACCGUUGUGAUAAACUUGCAGGGUUGGGUUUGCUUCCAUGUCUAAGAGUUAUUCAUAUAAAAGGAAUGAAUUCUGUCAAGAUUUUGGGUAAAGAAUUUUACUAUCAUGAAGAAGGAGAAAGCAGCAGCAGCAGUGUUAGUACUACCGAAUAUGGUAAAAUAUUUCUGUUCCCUUCUUUAAAUGAGUUGAGUGUUGAUGGGAUGGAAAGUUUAGUUGAAUGGGUUCCUUCUCCUCCACCACCUUAUUACUCCUUCCCUUUGCUGAAAAGUUUGAGUAUCAAGAAGUGUCAAAGACUGAAAACCACACCAAACUCGUUUCCUUCUCUCGAGUCAUUGGAAUUAGAAGAUAUCAACGACAGGGGAGUAAGAUCAUUCUUAGCCAGUACUGAAGGUCUCACCUCUCUCACAUCCAUUUCUUAUCCCGGUCGCCAGAGCAAUUUUCGUUGCUGAUAAUUGCCGCCACCACCACCCAUGCUGGCAGGCCUCUCUGCACAUUGACAGGCUGAUUGGAGUUGCUUAAUCACUCUUAGAACUGUCGUGUUAUGAUAUAGCUUGUCCUGCAACUUCUCUCUCCAGAGAUACGAUCGAGGGGUGAAUACGCAAGGGUGAGGGGUUUGUCAUAAUUCAUUCAUGCCACCUUUUGGCUUCAACAUCUGUGGACCAUUGGGGGAGGUCAAGCCUCUGCCCAUUCUUGGUGAUAUCCCAGCAUGUCCAUCCCAUCUCUGACAUGAUGACCGGUGGAACCCUUUGCUAUCCGCCUGAUUCAAGAACCUGUCAUAAUUUUGGGGUUGUCACCAUGUAGCCAUCUCUUCUUUUCUAUUUGAUACUCUCUUUAUUUAGCAUAUUAUAAUCCUGGCUGAUAGGACCCCAUUUGUGUUUUGUUCUGGAAUUUGCUUGUAGUCUUAUACAUCAUUCCAAAAGUAAAGUUCCUUGAUUGGUUUCUACAUUA